AUGGGAAGUUUUCAUGGUUCAGGCCUAGUGAAGUUGGUGGAAAGAACUGUAAGAUCGGAGAAUUACCAUUCACCUAAUAGACCUAUAUAUCUUGUUGGAGAAUCUCUUGGAGCAUGCCUUGCACUUGCUGUUGCCGCCCGUAACCCUGAUAUUGAUCUCGUACUUGUUUUGGUUAAUCCAGCAACAUCUUUUGAGAAGUCACAAUUGCAACUUCUUACACCUUUAUUGGAGAUCAUGCCCAUCCAACAUCAGUUUGGCCUUCCUUAUAUUCUGAGCUUAAUGACAGGUGAUCCUUUGAAGAUGGCAUUCGAUAAUGUGAUAAAGGGAGUUCCUUUACAAGAAAUAGUUGGAGGAUUGUCACAAGAUGCUGUUGUGAUUCCAUCUAACCUCAAUGUUUUAGCUGCUCUCUUACCUAGAGAAACACUUCUCUGGAAGCUAAAUAUGUUGAAAGUGGCUUCAACAUAUGCAAAUUCACACCUCCAUGCUGUAAAAGCUCAAACACUUGUACUUUCUAGCGGAAGGGAUCGGUUACUACCAAGUGAAGAGGAAGGUCAAAGACUAAAUCAUGUUCUCCCAAAGUGUCAGAAUCGCAAUUUUAAUGGAAGUGAAGAUGGGAAGGUUGUGAAGGGCCUUGCAGGAAUCCCUUCAGAAGGACCUGUUUUGUUCGUUGGUUAUCACAUGUUACUGGGAUUCGAAUUGGCACCAAUGGUAUCCAAUUUUUUGGUGGAAAGAAAUAUAUUUCUGAGAGGUUUAGCACAUCCAAUUCUGUUCAUAAGAACCAAGAAAGAGCGAUUGCUACCUCCAUUGUCACAGUUUGACACAAUUAGAGCAAUGGGAGCAGUUCCUGUUUCGGGAACCAAUUUAUACAAACUUCUAGCUUCAAAGGCUCAUGUGUUAUUGUACCCAGGAGGUGGCCGUGAGGCCUCUCAUCGCAAGGGUGAGCAAUACAAGUUGUUCUGGCCAGAACAGUCUGAGUUUGUUAGGAUGGCAGCUAGGUUCGGGGCCAAAAUUGUGCCAUUUGGUGUUGUUGGAGAAGAUGAUUUUGGUGAAGUGGUUUUUGAUUAUGAUGAUCAAAUGAGGAUUCCUUUCCUUAGGGAUUACAUAAAAGAAGUAGCAGAUGAAUUGGGUGUGAGACCUUCCUCUCUAGAUUUGUCAUAUUGUUGUGAUGACAGGACUGAAGAACAUGGCGAGGUGGGAAAUCAAGAUUUGCAUCAAGCCGGAAUUCGACCGAAAUUUCCAGGCAGGUUCUAUUACUAUUUUGGAAAACCGAUAGAAACAGAAGGGAGGAAGCAGGAAUUAAGAGACAGGGAGAAAGCUCAUGAAUUAUACUUGCAAAUCAAAUCCGAGGUGGAGAAAUGCCUUGAGUUUUUGAAGGAGAAGAGAGAGAGUGAUCCUUAUAGGAACAUAGUGACCCGACUAUCUUACCAGGCCACACAUGGCUUUACUUCUGAAGUUCCAACCUUUGAAAUUUGA